CGGGCGACGGUUUGGCUUCGGCGUCCGUGGAAAGUGUGUUAAGUAGCGCUUGCGAGUAAAAGAGACGCGGCUGGGCUGAGAUCGAGUCCCAGUACCGAGACUGAGAACGGUCGGACAGGACGAGAAGCACAUAUUGUACAAGACAUAAAAGUUGAAAGAUAGAGGAGAGUUGCAUCUGUGGGUGCGGUCCGAGCGAGAGAGGUGAGAGGGACUCGCUGGAGGGUGUCCGUGUGCCCGGGCUUGGAGUUACGGGCAUCGUGAGUCGGGCAGCUGGACAUUAUGCUCGGAGCUGAGGGAGACUUGAGACGGCCGUCUGCGGUAUGAAUAUUUGAGGAUCAACAAGUGGAAGGAUUGGUAUCUGGACUUGAGUUGCAGGACUACAGCCACCCUGGAAUAUGGUACUUCAGCGUUGGACAGCACUACCAAUCAUGGUGAUCCUGAGCUAUCUGGCAAAAUACGUCCAAGCAGAGACUUUGCCAACUUUUACCCGAAUCCCUGUGGAUCAGAUUGGAAUUUCUGGAGGAGUGGCUUCAUUUGUGUGCCAAGCAGUAGCAGAGCCUAAACCUCGUAUCACUUGGAUGAAAAAAGGCAAGAAAGUCAGCUCUCAGCGCUUUGAGGUUAUAGAAUUUGAUGAUGGCACUGGAUCAGUGCUUCGAAUUCAACCACUAAGAGCACCACGAGAUGAAGCAAUCUAUGAGUGCACAGCAGCAAAUAGCGUUGGACAAAUAACAAGAAGUGCCAAACUAACAGUACUAGCAGAAGAACAGCUGCCUCAUGGAUUCCCCACCAUUGACAUGGGUCCACAGCUGAAAGUGGUGGAACGUACUCGCACAGCUACAAUGCUCUGUGCUGCCAGUGGGAAUCCAGAUCCUGAAAUCACAUGGUUUAAGGACUUCUUGCCAGUGGACACCAGCAACAGCAAUGGGCGAAUUAAGCAACUCAGAUCAGGAGCCUUGCAAAUUGAGAACAGUGAAGAAUCUGACCAGGGCAAAUAUGAAUGUGUAUCAACUAACAGCGCUGGAACACGUUACUCUGCUCCUGCUAACUUAUACGUCAGAGUGCGUCGAGUUCCCCCUCGGUUCUCUAUCCCACCCACUAGCCAUGAAGUGAUGCCAGGGGGCAGCAUUAACCUCACCUGUGUAGCUGUGGGUUCACCCAUGCCCUAUGUGAAAUGGGUGACUGGAGCAUUGGAACUCACACCAGAAGAAGACAUGCCUGUUGGACGUAAUGUUCUGGAGCUGGUUAAUAUCAAGGAAUCUAAGAAUUACUCAUGUGUUGCAAUGUCUUCCCUGGGUGUUAUUGAGGCAACAGCACAAAUAACAGUUAAAGCUUUACCAAAGCCACCCACAAUGAUGAGCGUUACAGAGACAACAGCUACCAGUGUUACACUGACAUGGGAAUCAGGAAAUAUGGAACUGAUACCAUACUAUGUUAUUCAGUAUAAACCAAAAUCCUCUGACGGACCUUUCCAAGAGGUGGAUGGAGUUGCCACCACACGAUACAGUAUUGGAGGUCUCAGCCCAUACUCAGAGUAUGAAUUCCGAAUCAUUGCGGUAAAUAAUAUAGGCAGAGGUCCUCCCAGUGAACUAGUGGAAACAAGAACGGGUGAGCAGGCUCCAUCCAGCCCACCUUUAAAAGUCCAGGCUCGUAUGCUGAGUGCCAGCACCAUGUUAAUCCAAUGGGAGGAGCCAGAAGAGUCUAAUGGACAGAUUCGGGGUUAUCGUGUAUAUUAUACUACAGAUUCCAGGCUUCCCUUAAAUAUGUGGUACAAACAUAACUUGGAUGAUAGUCGUCUAACAACGAUCGGUAGCUUAAUAACAGAUACAAUAUACAGCAUCCGCGUAUUGGCAUUCACCUCAGUUGGCGAUGGACCACCAUCUGAAAUUAUACAAGUCAAAACAAAGCAAGGAGUUCCAGCUCAACCAGCCGAAUUCCAAGCUGAAGCAGAGUCUGAUACUAGCAUUGCACUCUCCUGGGUGUUACGUCAACAAGAGAAAAUUACCAAAUAUGAACUAAUAUACUCUGAGGGCAUUGAUGGAAAAGAGGAACAAGUGAUCUUUGACCCUAAAUCUUCAUACAUUGUGGAAGGCCUGAAACCAGAUAAAAUGUACUACUUCCGUUUGGCAGCACGAUCAGAUCAUGGUUUAGGAGCAUACACACAAAAAAUUUCUGCAAAAACCAUGCAAUCCACCCCCUCCGCUCCACCUCAGGAUGUCCAUGGAUUUUCUAUCAGCUCCACCAGCAUUCGGGUAAGUUGGCAUCCACCACCAGCAAACAGUCGUAAUGGCGUCAUUACCAAAUACUCCAUUAUAUAUCAAGCGGUGGAUAGUGAGGACAACGGAAAGCAUGUUUUGGACAACAUUGAAGCAGAUGCAACCAGCUCAGUAAUCGAGGACCUGGAGAAGUGGACUGAAUAUCAGGUGUGGGUAAGGGCUCACACCAAUGUUGGGCCAGGUCCGAAGAGCACACCUGUGAGUGUCCGCACUGAUGAGGAUGUGCCCAGUGCACCGCCACGGAAAGUGGAAGCAGAGUCAGUGAACUCAACAACAAUCAAAGUAACAUGGAAACCCCCGAUAUCAAGCAAGCAACAUGGACAGAUCCGGGGAUACCAGGUUACCUAUGUGCGUUUGGAUAAAGGGGAACCACAAGGACAGCCAAUAAUUAAAGAUGUAAUGUUAGCAGAAGAGCAGUGGGAGUCUGAGGACACCCAGGAAUAUGAAGCCAUUAUUGGGGGACUGAUGCCUGAAACAACAUAUUCCAUUACUGUGGCAGCAUACACAACCAGAGGGGAUGGAGCUCGUAGCAAACCCAGGCUGGUUACUACUUCAGGAUCUGUUCCAGGCAUGCCUGCAAUGGUUAUCAGUGUCACUAAAAUGAAUACUGCCCUCAUUCAAUGGCAGCCACCACAACAAAUGGUGGAUGACCUGCUAGGUUUCCGACUACAAUACAGCCGGACUGAUGAAGAUAAGCCAAACAUUAUUGAACUUAGUAAGAAUAAUAACCAUUACACUGUGAUGAACUUACACAAAGGGGCCACAUACAUCUUCCGGUUGAGUGCCAAAAACAAAGCAGGAUUUGGUGAGGAGACAGUGAAAAAAAUCAUAACACCAGAAGAUGUGCCAAGUGGGUUCCCACAAAACCUACAUGUUGUGGGACUUACCACAUCCACCACUGAGCUUUCAUGGGACCCACCAGUUAUGGCAGAAAGGAAUGGGAAAGUGAUCCUCUACACAGUGUUGUUCCGUGAUAUCAACAGCCAAAAGGACCUCACCAAUACAACUAACGAAACUCAGAUAACACUGAGCAGUCUGAAACCAGACACUACCUAUGACAUUCGAGUGAGAGCUCAUACUUCCAAAGGGCAUGGUCCAUACAGUCCUAGUAUUCAAUCCCGUACCAUGCCAGUUGAUCAAGUGUUUGCUAAGAACUUUCGGGUCAAGGCAGUGAUGAAGACAUCAGUGUUGUUAAGCUGGGAAGUACCGGAAACAUACAAGCCAGGCGUGUCUUUUAAGAUCCUAUAUAAUGGCCAAAGCAUAGAGGUUGAUGGACAGUCCAUGCGAAAACUUAUUACAAAGCUUCAGCCUGACACCGAGUACUCCUUUGUGCUAACAAACCGUGGGAAUAGUGCUGGUGGGCUACAGCAGGUGGUAUCGAUCCGAACUGCUCCUAACUUGCUGCGCACAAAACCAGUUGUGUACAGCAAAAAUAUCCAGGAUGGCAAAUUGCCAAUCAAUCUGCCUAAGGUCCAAACCACAUCCAUUGUAAAGUUUUAUUUUAUUGUAGUCGUACCACUUGAUAGAACUCAACGUGCUGUUACAGAUAAAUUGCAGAAUCCUGAAGAGAUGGACCUUGAUGAUCUGUUUGAAAGGAUAAGCAACCAUCAUAAUAUUCGGCAACGACGUCAGUCUGAGAGACCAAAGCCAUAUAUUGCUGCCCAGCUGCAGAAACUACCAGACACAUUCACACUUGGAGAUGCACAGACCUAUGGAGGGUUUUACAACAAACCACUAUCUCCCAACCACAGUUACCUGUGCUUUGUUUUGGCAGCAUUAGAAGAGAAAGACGCACAGAUGUAUGCUGCUAGCCCCUACUCUGAUACAAUUCUGGUGGAGGUAACCUCAUCGCCAAAUGCACAAGACGAUCCUGAGAUGCUGUGGGUGAUGGGACCAGUACUUGCUGUUGUGUUAAUUAUCAUCAUUGUUAUUGCUAUACUUCUGUUCAAAAGGAAAAGAGCAAGUUCUCCAUCUGCCAAGGAUGAUGUUCCUGGUGGAAAAGACCCAUUACUGGCACACUCUUCAGACCCUGUGGAGAUGAGAAGGCUAAACUAUCAAACUCCAGGCAUGAGGGACCAUCCACCAAUCCCCAUUACUGAUCUUGCUGACAACAUUGAAAGAUUGAAAGCCAAUGAUAAUUUGAAAUUCUCACAGGAGUAUGAGAAUGGCUCGAGUGAGAAACGGGAAGUGCGUCAGUUCCAGUUCAUGGCUUGGCCAGACCAUGGUGUUCCAGAAUACCCUACACCAAUAUUGGCAUUCCUAAGGAGAGUUAAAGCAUGCAAUCCCCCAGAUGCCGGUCCUAUGGUGGUUCACUGCAGUGCUGGCGUGGGUCGAACUGGCUGCUUUAUUGUGAUCGAUGCCAUGCUAGAACGGAUUAAACAUGAGAAGACAGUCGAUAUCUAUGGUCAUGUCACCUGCAUGAGAGCACAGCGAAAUUACAUGGUACAAACAGAAGAUCAGUAUAUCUUCAUUCAUGAGGCCCUCCUCGAGGCAGCAACAUGUGGAAACACAGAAGUUCCAGCAAGAAAUCUUUUUGCCCAUAUACAGAAACUUGGCCAAGUUCCACCAGCAGAGACAGUCUCAGCCAUGGAGCUGGAAUUCAAGCGCUUGGCAAACUCAAAAGCACAUACCUCACGAUUCAUCAGUGCCAAUCUCCCUUGUAACAAGUUUAAGAACCGGCUAGUAAACAUCAUGCCAUAUGAGUCCACACGAGUUUGCCUGCAGCCAAUCCGAGGGGUUGAGGGCUCUGAUUACAUCAAUGCCAGCUUCAUCGAUGGGUACAGGCAGCAGAAGGCUUAUAUUGCUACACAGGGACCGCUGGCAGAGACCACAGAAGAUUUCUGGCGUAUGCUAUGGGAGCACAAUUCCACAAUUGUAGUAAUGCUCACAAAAUUGAGGGAGAUGGGUCGAGAAAAGUGCCACCAGUACUGGCCAGCAGAACGCUCUGCUCGGUAUCAGUAUUUUGUGGUAGAUCCAAUGGCUGAAUACAGUAUGCCACAGUAUAUUCUGCGGGAGUUCAAAGUAACAGAUGCCAGGGAUGGUCAAUCUCGAACAAUCCGGCAGUUCCAAUUCACUGAUUGGCCUGAACAAGGAGUGCCAAAAACAGGAGAGGGAUUCAUUGAUUUCAUUGGUCAAGUACAUAAGACUAAGGAACAGUUUGGACAGGAUGGACCUAUCACUGUGCACUGCAGCGCUGGUGUGGGACGAACUGGUGUGUUCAUUACCCUGAGUAUUGUGCUGGAACGGAUGAGGUAUGAGGGAGUUGUGGACAUGUUUCAAACAGUGAAGACAUUACGAACACAACGGCCUGCCAUGGUUCAAACAGAGGACCAGUACCAGUUAUGUUACCGAGCAGCGCUGGAGUACCUUGGAAGCUUUGAUCACUAUGCAACGUAACUUCUAUCACCCAAUCAGAACUUGUGACUUUCAGGACCCAGAAAAUAAUUUUUUGAGCCAUAUCAAAUCAUUGUUUAGUUAUCCUGUACAGCGAGUUGUCAAGGUGUAAUGAUAUCAGCAACUCAGAAAUUCUAUCAUGGUUCUUGGACUGAUCAGGAGCUCAGUUGACUUGUUUUAACUCCAAACCAAUAAGAUAAUAAUUUACGCAUCUCAAUUCCUCUUCGCUCUACAUGGGAUUUCCUUUUUUGAUUAUAAGUUUAGCUCAAAUAUAAAGCAUCAAUUUUUUUUGGUCUUUAACAGGGGUGCCAUCAACAAUUUUAUAAAUCUUUUUAUUGAAACUGGUAAUUUUUUCUGAAGCUAAAUUGUUUUGCUCAAUGGCAAAACAGAAUUCCUUGUGCUGUAAGUGCAUUUUUUAUUUUAUUAUAAUUGGUUAAGUUUUUAUAUUCUCCUUUUUGCUGAUUUAAGGGUUCUUUAUGUUUGCAACAGAGCUGCCCAUUUUAGUGCAGCUCUGUAUUUAAUCCGGGUGACUGGAAUCUUAACCACUGUUCUGAUAAUAGCUGCUGUAUCUACUCCUAGGGAUAGACAAACUGAAGUUUAAUCUUAUAUGAAAGUGUCUUCUCUCCAGAUACUGUACAAUACAAAACUAUUAAUACUGAAUAAAGCAGGAGCCUGGUGCUGUUAGAUGAAUUUAAUAAAAAAGAAAACAAGGAUGCAUUUUGGUUUUGUACAGUUUCUUAAAAUGACCGAUUUGAUCCUUUCCUUGUUUAAAAAAAAUAAAAAGGUUAGAAAUAACCAAUACCCGAUAAUCUGCCAAUCUAUUGGAGAUAAAUUUAAACUGGAUCACAACCAACUUGAUGUAAACACUGCAGCGCACCUUGCUACAAACUUCAAUCACCUACCCAGAGAAGAGCUGGGAGCAGCAACACUUAUUUGUCAUCAAUCAGACCAGUUGGUCUCUGUUUUAUGUUGACUAUUGUGGCAGUUAAGACUGCUAAGCGUUUCCUUACCAAUAGCCUGAAUUUUCCAGUUAGCUAUUCUGGUGGGUGGAAGUUCUGUGAUCGGAUAAUCAACUGUUAUACUGUGGAGCUGUUGCGGUAGGGUGUCUGGGUGUGGAAUUGGGGAAGGCGGUGGAUGAACGCCAAAUAUAAUCAAUUAGAAUGAUAUCGACUGUAACCUGAUUUGAAAAGGUUGAAUUGUUUGGAACACGCUCAUUUUUACCUUGUGUAUGCAUAGUGCUGUAGGGGUUACUCUGUUGUAUACACAGUCUGUUUUCUAUUUGUUGAUAAAUGAGAUCAUCAUUGGAAAAAUCUUGAUGUUAAUAAAGUUGAAUAAUCGGGUUUUAUACAA